AUGAUAAUGCGAGGUCGUCGUGGGCUUGGAUCGCCGAGCAGAGUCUUUCGGGGCUUCAGGAAGCGUAGUCAUGUUGGCAAGGACUUGAAGGCUUGCAAGCGUAAGGCGGAGAGGCGAGUGGUUGUUUCUGGUUGCAAAAAGCGUUUUCACGGGAAAUGGGAUGUUUGCUUGCGGUGGUGGUGA